AAGCACACAUACAAAUUUCGGACGGCACGGCACACCCUAGCUUCUUCGAUUUCUUACCGCUCAAGAGAUCCAGCGAGAGAGCCCUCGUCUCGUCCCCCACGCGGCCUCUCUCUCGCUCCUCCUCCUCCUCCAGACCCCCACAGGGUUCGCCUCGGAGCGUCGUCUAGCAGCUUCCGGCCGCGGCGGAGAGGGGUUUGGGUACGCCGGCCGCGCCAAUGGCGGCAAUGGCCGCCGCCGACGCGAUGCUCGCCGCCGCCAGCCGCGCCGUCUGCAGCUCCGUCGCCGUUUUCUUCCAGAUCCAGGGGUGUUGUAUCUGCUUAUUACUUGCUCUUGGUUGGACUGUUGCUUCAUUUGUCAGAAAAAAGGAGAUACGUAAGAUGAGGCGCAAAAUGAUAGAUGGAAAUAGUUUUGCCUUUCUUUGUGAUGACGUAGAUGAGCUUGAGCACUCUGUUCAGGAGAAAUUACCUAGGGUCUCUGUAAUCAUGCCCUUGAAGGGCUUUGGGGAACACAAUUUACAAAAUUGGAGAACUCAGAUUACCUCUCUUUAUGGGGGACCAGUAGAAUUCUUGUUUGUAGUAGAAAGCAAAGAUGAUCCAGCUUAUCGUGCUGUCUCCUGUUUGAUCGUAGAUUACAAGGACAAGUUGGAGGCAAAGGUGGUUGUUGCUGGGUUCUCAACAACGUGUAGCCAGAAAAUUCAUAAUCAGUUGAUUGGCGUCGAAAAGAUGCAUAAGGACAGCAAAUAUGUUCUGUUUCUGGAUGAUGAUGUCAGACUGCAUCCUGGGACAAUAGGUGCUCUCACGAAAGAAAUGGUGAAGAAUCCUGAGAUAUUUAUCCAAACUGGAUACCCCCUUGACUUACCUUCUGGCAGCUUGGGAAGCUAUUGCAUAUAUGAAUAUCACAUGCCUUGUUCAAUUGGAUUUGCAACUGGUGGGAGGACUUUCUUUUUGUGGGGUGGCUGUAUGAUGAUGCAUGCCGAUGAUUUUCGACAAGACCUGUAUGGUUUAGUCACUGGAUUAAGAAAUGGUGGUUACUCAGAUGACAUGACCCUGGCUGCUAUAGCUGGGCAACAUAAAAGGCUGAUAACUUCACCACCUGUUGCUGUGUUCCCACACCCCCUUGCAAGUGAUCUCAGCUUCUCCAGAUACUGGAAUUAUUUGAGGAAACAAACUUUUGUUCUUGAAUCAUAUGUGUCGAAGGUCAACUGGAUGAUGAACCGUGCACUAUUUGCAACACACUGCUAUUUGUCAUGGGGUUUUAUUUGUCCAUACGCUAUGGCUUUGGUGCAUGUUGCGGCUUUUGUUAGAGCACCAUACAGCGCAAUUGUAAAGGAAGCAUCUGACUCUUCUUUUGGUCUGAAACUAGUGAGCUUUUUGUUUAUAUGCACUCUCACUGAGCUUGUUUCAAUGUGGAAUUUGACGAGAGUGGAAAUUCAACUCUGCAACAUGUUGUCUCCGGAAGGACCAAAAGACUCCCUUCGUUCAUAUAACUGGGGGCUUGUGUUCAUUGCUGUGUUAGUAGACAAUUUCCUCUACCCUAUAUCUGCAUUCCGGUCCCAUUUCUCCCAAUCAAUUAAUUGGUCUGGCAUCAGGUACUACCUGAGAGAUGGGAAAAUAAGCAAGAUUGAAAGGGAGAAUAGGUCGAAGUACACCGAUCUUGGAGGGAAGCAUCUAUAUAGCAAGAGGACAUACCCUCCUGGAAAGUCUUUGUUUGGUUGCUCAUUCUUAAUGAGUUUAGUGCAAUGGCACCAGCCAAAGAAGUAUGAUGUCUAAGAAGGGCAGCCCAAAUUAUGUCCUCGAUUUUGUGGGGCAUCUUGUUGUACAACUCCUUUUUUCUUCUCUUCUUCUUCUUCUUCUUCUUUUCUUCUUUUGAUUGUUUAUUGAUUCUUAGGCUCUCAUUCUUAUUGAAUUUGGUGUUCAGGCAGCGUCACAUCAAAAGGUUUGCACCUCAUAGUUCUUGUAACAUUAUAGAUAUAUAUGUAAGGGGCUGAUUGAGGAAGCGAAAUGUUCCAUAUUGGUUCCUUGCUUCCUGUUUAUUAACAUUAUUCUAUCUAAUUUAGAUAAUGGAGACAAACUUCAAUUUGA